UUCGCCUGUUCCGGGUCACUGGCCUAUCUCGCGGGAACCGUGCGGGCACGUGUGUUCAUUCAGGUCGCGCUGUGGUAGCGAUGGACGCUUUGGAUCGGGUUGUAAAACCCAAAACGAAAAGGGCCAAGAGAUUCCUUGAGAAGAGAGAGCCGAAACUCAGUGAAAAUGUUAAAAAUGCCAUGCUCAUUAAAGGGGGAAAUGCAAACUUGACAGUGACACAAGUACUCAGAGAUGUGUAUGCACUGAAAAAACCAUAUGGAAUCCUGUAUAAAAAGAAAAACAUUACAAGACCAUUUGAGGAUCAGACAUCAUUGGAAUUCUUUUCAAAGAAGUCAGAUUGUUCUUUAUUUAUGUUUGGCUCCCAUAAUAAGAAGCGGCCAAAUAAUCUAGUAAUAGGUCGUAUGUAUGACUACCAUGUGCUGGACAUGAUUGAAUUAGGUAUUGAGAAGUUUGUCUCUCUAAAAGAUAUUAAGAAUAGUAAAUGCCCUGAGGGAACAAAACCCAUGUUAAUAUUUGCUGGUAAUGAUUUUGAUGUAACAGAAGACUACAGAAGGCUAAAAAGUCUUCUUACUGAUUUUUUCAGAGGCCCCACGGUAUCAAAUAUCCGCCUGGCUGGUUUAGAGUAUGUCCUGCACUUCACUGCACUGAAUGGGAAGAUUUAUUUUCGAAGCUAUAAGCUGCUGUUGAAAAAAUCUGGCUGCAGGACACCACGGAUUGAAUUAGAAGAGAUGGGACCCUCACUGGAUCUGGUCCUGAGGAGGACACAUCUGGCGUCAGAUGACCUUUAUAAAUUAUCCAUGAAAAUGCCAAAAGCCCUCAAGCCAAAGAAGAAGAAAAAUAUCUCCCAUGAUACUUUUGGUACGACUUACGGAAGGAUUCAUAUGCAGAAGCAAGACUUGAGCAAACUACAAACCAGGAAAAUGAAGGGGUUGAAGAAACGCCCUGCAGAAAGGAUAACGGAAGACCAGGAGAAAAAAUCAAAGAGAAUUAAAAAAAAUUGAUGGAACUUAGCCAAUAACUAGUUUUGUAAUCUGUUUAUUUAAAGAGAAUUAUUGAGCAUCAGUCAUUUCAAAGUUUCUUACAAGAUUUUAUUGUAUGUUUUUACACAAUAAUAAUAUACCUGGACUGUAAAUUAUAUAUAUUAUGAACAAUAGUGGACUAUUAUUAGGUUGAAAGUAAACCUCUUACUGGAGACAUUUUUUUCCUCCAAGAUACACUUCUGUCCACCCACCCUGCAAAGCCCCCCAUCUCAUUGGUUGGGUGAAUGAGGAGGGAGGGAUCUCCAGAACAGCCUUUGGUAUCUCAGAGAAUUUCCGAGUUAAGCUUUAGAU